UAGUAAAAAAACAGAGGCUUUGUGUAUCGGACGUGCCUUUCUAUUGGCCCUACAGUCAGGCAGAGGAGGGACUGCAGUAAAAAGCUAAGAGGAGAUGCUCAGCUGUGUUUUGUGAUAGUGAUGAUGGAUCGAUGGAGGGGUAGAGUUGCUCUUGUCACUGGUGCUUCAGUGGGCAUCGGAGCUGCGAUCGCUAAAUCAUUAUCCCAGCAUGGCAUGAAAGUGAUUGGAUGUGCCAGGAACGUAGAACAAAUAGAGAACUUGGCAUCAGAAUGCGUACGUAAUGGAUUCAGUGGCACUCUGGUUCCAUACAAAUGCGAUCUGUCUGUAGAGGAGGAGAUUUUGUCCAUGUUUGCCUGGAUCAAAGAUCAACAUCAUGGCGUUGAGGUGUGCAUCAACAACGCUGGCUUGGCUUUCCCAGAGCCUCUAUUACAUGGCAAAACAAGUUACUGGAGGACUAUGUUGGAUGUAAAUGUGAUUGGACUGUCGGUGUGCGCCCGUGAGGCUUACCAGUCUAUGAAAGAAAGAAAUGUUGAUGACGGCCAUAUCAUUAACAUUAACAGCAUGUGCGGACACAGAGUCAUGAAUCACGCUGAUGCACACUUCUACACUGCCACCAAAUAUGCUGUGACUGCUCUCACAGAAGGUUUACGACAAGAGCUACGGGAAACCAAGAGCCACAUACGUGCCACAAGUAUAUCACCUGGUUUAGUGGAGACAACGUUUACCACCCGGUUUUACAGUGACAAGCCAGAAAUUGCAGCUGCUGCCUAUAGAAGUAUAAAGUGUCUACAGGCAGAAGACAUAGCUAAUGCAUUGGUGUAUGUUCUGAGUGGUCCCUCUCAUGUCCAGAUUGGAGACCUUCAGGUGAUGCCUCUGGAACAGAUGUAUUUGUAACACUCUCUAAAAACGCAGCAUUUCUGAAAUGCUGGCCAGGAAUCUAUCUAACAGGACUGAAAAAUAAUGGGCUUUGGCAAAAUGUAAAAGUGUAAAAAUGCACCAACAUUUCACAACAUGAUGGGGCAAACAUUUUUUCUCAUAGUGAUAUCCUUUUUCCUAUUGCAUGCAAGUUUGCCAAUCAUAGAAUAUCCAGAUGAAAAAAUCAUUAAUAUAUGUGACCCUGGAUCACAAAACCAGUCAUAAAUUGCAUGGGUAUUAUUUGUAGCAACAGUAUCAAAAUUUCAUUUUUGAGAGUGGAUGCAGCAAAAUCGCAAAAUACAUUGUAUGGGUCAAAACUAUCGAUUUUUCUUUUAU